CUUCUCCAAGAGUUGGGUGGAAUGUGUCCCGAAAUACCAUUCUCCAUCGUUCUCCCGUCUAGCGUGCCAGAUCGAAGCCCAACAUUCCUCUGAGGUCCACAGGCUCACUGACAGCCUUCUAGUCCUGACGCUCGGAUAGCAGUGGGGAACCAUUUCCUUUAUACAUUUCUCGUCUAUACUAUCCGUCUAUGACCAACCCCAAUGGACGACUACUCUUCUGACCCCGAAUUGACUGGAUAUGCAGACUGUACAGGCGAGGCAUCUGGCAUUCGCCGAGGCGCUGCCUACGAGAGCCCACCGAUCUCCCCCGCGUUUUCGAAAUCGGGACUCCAGCACCGAUACGAACUUUAUGAUGAAAUCGAUCCUUUCAAUGAAGAUACUCAGAUAUUAGCGCACGACGGUGGGUACAGCUCCUCGGGGUCCUCAAUACGGCAAUCUGGCGAUAUCCCGGGUGGUGAUUUGGACGGAGACCUCGAUCGGAUGAGUUCCAGAGCUUCCAGUCGCUCUUCUGUUUCCUCGAUCCCGACCUCGGUGCUUACGAACAUGGCGGAUGGAAUGAAGACAGUUUUACACAACGACAUGCUUUCCCAUCACUGGGAGAACCAUGACAGCAAGGUGCAUAGCAAAUUGGAAGGACAGGUGCGCUCGAUUCCGGCAAUUAGGCAUCGGGAAACCGCAUUCCGGAAGCCCAGCUCGGUGAAAGCGAUGCAGAUGCACACAGAGGAUGAAGGGGACGAUGAUUUCUUGACCCCACCAAAGCGCAGAGGUCAGCGUCUUUCCGACGUGUCCAUGCGAUCUGCCGGCUCAUCACCGCUGAGGAAGACCCAGUUUUAUUCCCCGACAGGAUCCGCAGGCAAGCCGAAGGUCAAGAAGGAGUACCCAUUGGUGCUUCUGCACUGUAACUUGCUUCCACCGUCACUUCCCGUCCCUGGAGCAAUGGGCUACCACAAUCAGAAGGUAUUGAGAGAGGUUCUGCCUUCAGAAUACUGGAGACGGUGGAAGCUGCUAGAGGAGAAGGUCGGGUCUGUCAUGCUCCGUGAGCGCGGUGUGCUUAUCUCCCAUCCGGAAGACAUGUAUGACUUACUCGAGGAGCGGUUGCUGGAAAGCUUAGACCUGCAGCGCCCAAGGCUGGACCACGGCCAUUUCCUUGGACAAGAUGAGAAUGACUCCGAGAGGGAUGAUCAGUCCGUGAAAGAGAGCGCUACAGACGAGGAGGAAGGGGAAGACUGUCCCGACUGUGGCGGGCGCGUGGUUCGCCAUAGUAACGCGGGCAGAAAAUGGGAGAUCAAGGUGUUCGCUGCCAAUGGCCUGAUGCGGGCUGGGGCAUGGGCUGCAGCUUGGAGGGAAAUGGAGAAGGUGGACGUGGAAGUCGGCCUUUGGCUUCCGUCAGAGAUCAGGAGGGAGUUGGAGAGGCGACUGCUGGAGGAAGAAAUAUGUCAAUUCGAGAAUCGACUGCAGGUACCGCAUUCACAGGAGCCUGCGCAUGCAAUGGCCACCGAGGUACGCCAGCAUUCUCUGCCGGCGCCUACCACUCCUCCAGCAAUUGAGGAACAUAAUCGCUUCGUUCAUGAACAAGCUGCAAUGCCGUCGCCCCCGGUAACCAAGAAAGUGGCUGCCCAGGAGCAGCGAAUGCCAGAGUAUCGCUCUGUUCCGAGAUCGAGUGAGGAUAUUGAUCUACAGACAUUGCUGGUGAAUUACAUACGAGUGCUAGCUAGCGACCGGCGCAAUGUCGCCAUUGCCGUUCUCAGCUUCCUGGUCGUUUUCUGUGCUAUUCAUGCUACGCCUCAAUCCACCCAGUCGGCUCUCCGGCCAUUUCCUCAGGACAUCCUGGAGCCCGUGUCCGUUUCCUCUUCAGCUGUGUCGCUGAUGCAACCCUCAUCGACAAAUUGGGGUAGGCCCACCAGUUGCGCGUUGCCGAGCGUCGAGACUUCCCGUACCGAUGUCAUGCCCUCGUUCUCUUCCAGGAUCUCUUCCAGCUCUGGUGAUGCCAUUUCCAGCUCAGUGACCACCUUGAGUUCUUCAGUUGUUGCUGCUGAGGACAUUCUCGGGCCAGUUCUCGAUGAUCCCCCAAACUUGCAAGCAGAACCCGAAGCAGGCUCUUCCCUAGAGAAUCCGCUUGCUACCCUUAAGCCGGAACCGGAACUUUCUACGGUAAGGCUGAAAGAUCCGGGGGCGCCAAUAGUGGACUUUUCAAUGAACCUUGUAACACUGACUCCACCGAUGAGUCCGCUGGUGGAAGAGGUGGACGAAUGAACGACGUAUGAGCCAUAAUGCUUUUAGGACUCCGAUUGACGACCGACAUGAGAUAAUUACCUUGCUUAUCUUGUUUGUUAUUUUCUCCCUUGGUAUUUCCCUCAUUUUCAUUGAUUGUUUCGGUGGCAUUCCU